UUAGUUAAAUUUCUUAUCCAAACACAAGUCCUUGGUUUCAUUUUUAUGGGCAUUCUGGCCACCUCCUCUCUCUCUCUCUAAAACAGUUUUGAUCCUGUAACCAUGGCGUCUUCUCCAAUAACUCCAGUGUCUGCAAUUUAUUGCGCUCGAUAUUCGAAUUCCACCCAUUCCAAUAAAACAUGGCUUCUUUGCAUGCAGAGAUACCCGACAAUAACUGCUAUGUCCAAAGAAAUUUACUUCAACCAUGACGGUUCAGCCACUAAGAAACUCCAGGCUGGUGUGGACAUGCUAGCUAACCUAGUUGGAGUCACAUUGGGACCAAAAGGAAGGAAUGUGGUGUUAGAGAACAAGUAUGGUCCCCCAAAGAUUGUCAAUGAUGGAGUUGCUAUUUGCAAGGAGAUUGAGUUGGAAGACACCUUGGAGAACAUUGGUGUAAAGCUAGUAAGACAAGCUGCUGCAAAGACCAAUGAUCUUGCUGGAGAUGGCACUACAACCUCCAUUAUUCUUGCACAAGGACUAAUUGCUGAAGGCUUGAAGGUUAUUGCUGCUGGUGCGAAUCCUGUUCAGAUUAGUAGAGGAAUAGAGAAAACUACCAAGGCCCUGGUUUCCAUGCUCAAAUUGAUGUCUAAAGAGGUUGAGGAUCACGAACUUGAGGAUGUUGCCUCAGUGAGUGCGGGAAAUGACUAUGAAAUUGGAUCACUGAUAGCUGAUUCCAUAAGAAAAGUAGGAAGAAUGGGUAUGGUAAAAAUCGAGAAAGGGAAAAGCACUGUUAACAGCCUGCAUGUUGUUGAGGGAAUGCAUUUUGAUCGCGGUUAUUUGUCACCUUAUUUUGUCACAGAUCGUGAAAAGAUGUCAGUAGAGUAUGAGAAUUGCAAGUUGCUUUUGGUUGACAAAAAAAUUGCCAAGCCAAAGGAGAUGUUUAAUCUUUUGGAAGCUGCAAUAAGGGAGAAGUAUCCAAUUUUGAUAAUUGCAGAAGACAUUGAGCAGGAAGCUUUGGCUCCUGUAAUUAGGAACAAACUCAGGGGUUCAUUGAAGGCAGCUGCCAUCAAAGCUCCUGCAUUUGGGGAACGGAAGAGCCAUUGCUUAGAUGACAUUGCUAUCCUGACUGGAGGUACUGUAAUCAGAGAUGACAUGGGUCUCAGCCUUGGAAAAGCCAAGAAGGAAGUAUUAGGAUCUGCCACAAAGGUGGUUAUAACUAAAGAUUCUACAUUGAUAAUUACUGAUGGAACCACUAAAGAAGCUGUAAACACGAGGGUUUCUCAGCUUAAAAUCUUAAUGGAGAUUUUUCGGGCGCUUUUUCAGAAUUCUGAAGAAAAAUUCGACAAGAAAAUUCUGAAUGAGAGAAUUGCCAGGUUAUCUGGUGCAGUUGCUAUUGUCCAGGUCGGAGCUCAGACAGAAGUAGAACUCAAGGAGAAAACACUGAGAGUAGAAGAUUCCUUGAAUUCCACUAGGGCAGCUAUUGAAGAAGGCAUAGUGGUUGGUGGUGGCUGUACCAUGUUGAGACUAUCUUUGAAGGUGGAUACCAUCAAGAAAUCUUUAGAAAAUGAAGAGCAAAAGGUGGGUGCCGAUAUAUUCAGAAAGGCUUUAGUCUAUCCUAUGAAACGGAUUGCAGAAAAUGCAGGCAUCAAUGGGAAUGUUGUUGUAGAGAAGGUUAUGUUGACAGAGGAUGUUAGAUAUGGAUAUAAUGCUUCUAAAGGCAUUUAUGAAGAUUUGAUGGCUGCUGGAAUCAUUGAUCCAUCAAAGGUGGUAAGGUGUUGUUUGGAGCAUGCUGCUUCUGUUGCAAAGACCUUUCUUAUGUCUGACGUGGUUGUUUCUGAAAUAAAAGAGCCAGAGGCUGUUAGAAUGCCAUUGCAAAGUCCAGGCAUGGGACUCCGUCCUAGGAGAAGCAGUCUGAUUAAUUCUGCGAAAGCACUAGCUGGAUCGACAGUUCUCUCAUCACCUGUACCUCACCUUCCAAAACAAUCAUAGAAGAAUCAAGAAUAGAAGGACACUAGAACUGAAUAACGAUUCUAAGGUUGGUACCCAAUGAGAAUAACCAACGGCUCUCUCUUCUGUAAUGUCCCAUUUUUCUCUAUCUUGUAAAGCCUGAGAUGAAAUUUGAGAAAGGAAAGGCUGAUGAGUAUUAAAUUGUUCAGGGCAAUGUAUUCCUCCAAGCAAAUUUCCAUAAAUUUGUAAUCCUGAAUGUGAUAUAUAUAAGAAAAAAGUGUUUAAACGAAA